AUGACUGACCCAUUCAUCUCUACUCUCUUUUUUCUUUCCAGAUCUUUCAAAUCAGCAUUUCUCUCUACCACUCUAUUUAUUUCCUUCUCCCAGAUUUUUCAAAUCAGCUUUUCUCUUUUUCUUUCUCUCUUUUUCUCCACAAAUCUUUCAAAUCAACAUAUCUCUCGCUUUCUCUUUCUCACUCUUUCUUUCUUUCUUUCUUUCUUUCUUUCUUUCUUUCUUCCUCUCUCCUCAGGUCUUUCAAAUCAGCAUUUAUCUCUCUCUCACUUUCUCUUUCUUUCUUUCUUUCUUUCUUUCUUUCUUUCUUUCUUUCUUUCUUUCAUCCCAGAUCUUACAAACCACCAUUUCUCUCUAUAUGUCUCUUUCUCACCCCAGAUCUUUCAAAUCCGCAUUUCUCUGUCUCUCUCUCUUUCUUUCUCUCACUCUCACCACAUCUUUCAAAUCAGCAUUUCUUUCUUUCUUUCUUUCUUUCUUUCUUUCUUUCUUUCUUUCUUUCUUUCUUUCCAGAUCUUUGAAAUCAGCAUUUCUCUCUCACACACACUUUCUUUGUUUCUUUCUUUCUUUCUUUCAAAUCAGCAUUUCUCUCUCUCUCUCUCUCUCUCUCUCUUUCUUUCUUUCUCUCUCCUGAGGUCUUUUAAAUCCGCAUUUGUAAAGCUCCUUAUUACCUUGUUUCAUGCAGCAAAAAUUCAUGCAAGUAUAAAAUAG